ACUGUCAAGAGCAGCGGAAAUGCGUUGCCAAGAUAAUCGAGCCUGGCAUCAAAAAUCGGAGAUGGAGUGUGGUUAACCAUUCCGCAGCACCAGUGCAGUUUCAUGGAUGCAUGUCUUCCAUGCCCCAACACUCGUCUGUGUAGGUCGCAGCAUCUCUCGGAUCCUAAUGGCUUUUCUCAUCUGACGCGCGAGGAUUUCUGGACAACACCUCGACAGAUUUUGUAUUUACUCUAGCAUCACACGUAAGACAUAAACAUGAUUUUUAAAUCAUUCCAUAAGCGGAAAAGACUGGAACAUACGUGCGCAGGAGUGCUAUGGCUGCACACUUCGCUGUGGAUUUUAUGUGCCGUGUCCGGAGAAGAGGAUCACUUCAGCGUGGAGGCUUGGCUGCAGCAGUAUGGCUAUCUCCCCCACACAGAUUCUGGCAUGGCUGCGUUGCGCUCAGCGCAGACCAUGCAUUCAGCCAUUGCUGCCAUGCAACGCCUUUAUGGCCUUAAUGUCACUGGGACACUGAACAGAAACACCAUAAGCUGGAUGAGAAGGCCUCGGUGCGGAGUCCCGGACCAGCUCAGGGACGUGUCCAGCUCCGGCUCCCGGUCCCGCAAGCGGCGCUACGCCCUGACGGGCCAGAAGUGGCAGCAUGCGCACAUCACAUACAGCCUAAAGAAUUUCACACCCAAGGUGGGAAACGAGGAGACCCACGCCGCCAUCCGCCGGGCGUUCGACGUGUGGCAGGGCGUGACGCCGCUGCGCUUCGAGGCCGUGCCGUACAGCGCUCUGGAGAGCGGCAGGCGAGAGGUGGACAUCACCAUCAUCUUCGCCUCAGGUUUCCAUGGCGACAGCUCCCCCUUCGACGGCGAGGGGGGCUUCCUGGCUCACGCCUACUUCCCAGGCCCUGGCAUCGGCGGGGACACCCACUUUGACUCGGACGAGCCCUGGACCCUUGGCAACCCUAACCACGAUGGCAAUGACCUCUUCCUGGUGGCAGUGCAUGAGUUGGGCCAUGCUCUUGGACUGGAACACUCCAACGACCCCACUGCCAUCAUGGCUCCUUUCUAUCAGUACAUGGACACAGAGAGCUUCAAGCUACCGCAUGAUGAUCUACAAGGCAUUCAGAAGAUCUAUGGUCCUCCGGACAAGAACCCCCAGCCCACCAGGCUGCUGACCACAGCAGCACCUCCACGCCAGCUGCCGCCCUCGGACCCUCGCAAGCCCGACCGCCAGAGCCGACCCCACCGGCCCCCGCAGAAGACGAAGACCACGAACCAAAACUCCAAGCCAAAUAUCUGCGAUGGUGGAUUCAACACCCUAGCCAUCCUGAGAAAGGAACUGUUCGUUUUUAAGGACCAGUGGUUCUGGAGGGUGCGAGAUAACUCUGUGGUGCCGGGCUAUCCAAUGCAGAUCAAUUACUUCUGGAGAGGACUGCCUCCCAAGAUUGAUGCAGUCUAUGAGAACAGCGAAGGGAAGUUUGUUUUCUUCAAAGGGAACCGCUUCUGGGUAUUUAAAGACACCACCCUGCAGCCUACGUAUCCUAAGGAUAUCUCCCUGUUUGGCUCUGGCAUGCCCACUCAGAGCAUCGAGACGGCCGUCUGGUGGGAGGAGCCUGCUAAGACGUACUUCUUCAAAGGAGACAGAUACUGGAGAUAUAACGAGGAAUUGAGGACCAUGGAUCCUGGUUACCCCAAACCCAUUACUGUUUGGAAGGGUAUCCCAGAAUCCCCACAGGGCGCCUUUGUGGACAAAGCAAGUGGAUUCACGUAUUUCUAUAAGGGGAAGGAGUACUGGAAGUUCAACAACGAGAGGCUGCGAGUAGAGCCGGGCUACCCGCGCUCCGUCCUGCGCGACUUCAUGGGCUGCGACCACAUCCCCAUCGACCCGGACACGGACUGGGCGCCGCCGCCGCCGCACCAGGAGGAGCACCAGUACGACCCCGAGGACAUGGACAUCAUCGUCAAGCUGGAGAGCGCGGCGGGCGGCACGGAGAAGGCGGUGGCCAUCGCCAUCCCCUGCAUCCUGGCGCUGUGCAUGAUGGUGCUCCUCUACACGGUGUUCCGCUUCAAGAGGAAGGACACCCAGCGCCACAUACUGUACUGCAAGCGCUCCAUGCAGGAGUGGGUGUGAGAGCGGGACGGCUGCGCCACGCGGAGGAGCAGAGUUGUCCAUCAAGU